UCUUCUACAAGAAAAUGUCUUCCCAGCCUUUGGUAAAGGUAGCCAUAUUUGGAGCAUUUGCCUCUGUAUCUGGCUGUGUAGUAUUGUACUAUCUAAUGCAAAGGAAGCUAGCAUCCAGUGGAUACUACACUGAAACAGUGAAAGCAUUAAGAGAUAACGAGAGAGCAGUGACAUUGAUAGGAGAACCGCUGAGGUUUCAGUUUUUACGGCUCAAUGAUAAAAGGAAUCACAUUACAACAACACAAGCAGAAGUAGCAAUACCAGUGAGUGGCAGUAAACAUGCUGGGCACAUUCACUCUUUUGCUGAUCAUCAUGACGGCAAGUGGAGAUUACAGAAAGUUAUAUUUGAAUUCAAAGGUCGACCAGACAAAAUGGUUAUACUCGACACAAGUAGCAACAACAAAUCAUGAUACAUACCAAAUACUAAUAAACAAGAGGCUAUUAUUGUGUUUGUCAAUCAAUUAGUCAGUUAUACUUGA